UAGUAGCUUGCGUUGGCAACUUGGCUGAAUGCCCUCGCUCGCCCUCUCAAUUUCUCCUCGCUUCUCUUUCUUGGCGGGGGAGGGGAAAUGGGUGAAGAAUCACAGAUGGGAGGGGUCGUAAUCCCUCCAGAGGACGCUUGGGAACGUUCAUACAGGAAACUCUCCCCUUAUUGGAUUUCCUACGCAGCAUCUUCUUCGAGGGAGGCGGUACCCAUUUCGGUCUCCAGGGUUAACCAGGUGGAUGCGGGGAGGCUGGACGUGGAGAUGUCCGCCAUGUUGAAGGAGCAAUUGGUUAAAGUUUUUUCUCUAUUCAAGCCAGGAUUGUUAUUUCAGUAUGAGCCAGAAUUGGACGCAUUUCUUGAGUUUCUUAUUUGGAGAUUUUCCAUAUGGGUGGACAAACCAACUCCUGGUAACGCUCUUAUGAAUCUGAGGUACAGAGAUGAGCGUGCAGCAACCUUACAAGGGAAAGAAGUAAGAACAGGGAUUGAAGGGCCAGGGCUUACAAUUUCUCAAAAGAUUUGGUACUGCCUUGCCACAGUUGGUGGUCAGUAUAUGUGGUCUCGCUUGCAAUCUUUCUCUGCUUUCCGUAGAUGGGGUGAUAACGAACAGAGAUCGUGGGUGCGGAGAUUGUGGGUUCUGGUGCAGCAGGCUGAGGGAUUCUAUAAAGCUGCAUCCUUGGCUAAUCUGCUCAUUUUUAUUUAUGCAGGAAGGUACAGAAACCUUAUUGAGAGGGCUCUAAGGGCACGGCUUGUCUAUGGAACCCCAAAUAUGAAUCGUGCUGUCAGUUUUGAGUACAUGAAUCGCCAGUUGGUGUGGAAUGAAUUCUCAGAAAUGCUGCUUCUGCUUCUUCCCCUUCUCAAUGCAUCAUCCUUUAGGAGAUUUUUUCUCCCUUUCUCGAAAGAUAAACAAUCUGGAAGCUCCAGUGAUGAUGCAGCCUGCCCUAUUUGUCAUAGAAGUCCUGCAGUUCCAUUUAGUGCCCAACCAUGCCAACACAGGUAUUGUUACUACUGCCUUCGGACUCGUUCUGCGGCAAAUUCAUCAUUUAGAUGUGCUCGUUGCAACGAACCAGUUCUUGCCAUGCAGCGCACUCGUUUUUCAACAGAUCCUAAACCUCAGUGAAUCGCAUUGAGAAUUACCCAAAAAAAUAUAUAUAUAGUUACAGAAAAAGAGAACGUUUCAGUUAUGGUUAAUUGUAUUCUACAGCGAUGUAUAACAAAGUAGCCAACUUGUGCAAUGGUUUAUGCCUUUGCAGCUCUCAAUAGUUCUCCCCAGGAUGCAAUCUUCUCUCUGGGUUUGUUCUUCCUGUUGCCGGCAGCUCUCUCAAUGCAAUCUAUCUUUUCCCA